AUGUACUCGUAUCCACAAAGGCCUGGGGCUAUGAGCCCUGCGCCUUCAUCUGCUUUCGCUCAGCCCCAACAACAUCAGCAACCUGUCUACGUACCCCCUCCUCCGCCAGUUGCAACACCAGUGCCCGGGCUAUGCAAUGCCCCUUCAGGGUCUAUAACUACCCUACGGCUUAAGCUCUCAGAGGACAUACGCAUAGAGCCACCGGCCCUGGCCUGUCCCGACCUGUCCCGGGAGAGGCAGCUGGUGGAGGGCCCCAGGCGGGGGCUGCAGGGCCAGGGUGACAAGGCGGGCAGCGGUUCUCCUGACGUGGAUGCCUACCUGGCCCGAAUGAAGCCGGGGGAAGUUCCGCAAGAUCCAGCCAUCUUGCAACUGGUCGCUAAAGGGAUGUCACAGGCGGCGGCGGCGCUGGGAGUGGUGUACGGGCGAGCGGGACGUGGCGGAGCUGAAAAGGCAGCUGAGUUUGCGUCCUGCUUGGAGCAGCUGACAACGAUGGGUUUUCCGUUGCCGCUGGCGGCUGGAGCGCUGGCAAAGCACAAGCUUAGCCUAGAGGCUGCGACCGAAUCCUGCCUUGCAACCGCCAACUAG